AUGGCGGGCUCAUUGGUCGUGGCCGACCGCCUGCGUUCGGGACCAGGCAGGAAAAGCCGCGCGAAGGACUCUCAUAGGCAUUUACCACCUACAUCACGCUCCGCAAAUUGCGAAGCAAGUGGCGGCAAGCGAGAGCUGUCCCCUGUUGAGCAGCUGGAGGACAUGCGGACAACACCUAUCAAAUGCCGGGACGGAACCCUGGUCUAUCCGUACUCGCUACCCACGCGGGAUGCGCAAUUGAACCGCCUGAAAAAAGAAAAAUUUGAUGUCCUGGUCAUCGGAGGUGGCUGCGUAGGGUCUGGUGUCGCGUUGGACGCCCAAAUACGGGGCCUGAAGACCGCCAUGGUCGAGGCCAACGAUUUCUCCGCCGGUACGUCGGGGCGGUCCACCAAAUUGAUUCACGGGGGCAUACGGUACCUGGAGACAGCCUUUUGGAAACUGGACUAUGGCUCUUUUGCUCUGGUUCAAGAAGCUCUGGAGGAGCGCGCCCACAUGCUGAACGCAGCUCCGUACAUGAACUCGCCGUUACCGAUCAUGAUUCCGAUUUACAAGUGGUGGGAGGUGCCGUAUUUCUGGGCAGGCGCCAAGGCCUACGACCUGGUGGCGAGCAGACAGAAAUCCGUGCCUUCCUCUCACUACAUGGACGUGGACGAGGCUUUGUUCCAAUUUCCCAUGCUGCGCGGGAAGGGGUUGAAAGGCGCUAUCAUUUACUACGAUGGGCAGAUGAAUGAUACGCGGAUGGGCCUUACCAUCGCCUUGACAGCGGCGCAAGAAGGCGCCGCGAUUGCGAAUCGAGUGGAAGUGGUGUCCCUCCUCAAAGACCCGGGGACCGGGCAGGUGAAUGGGGCGCGGGUUCAGGACCGACUCACAGGGGUGGAAUGGGACAUCGCCGCCAAAGUGGUGGUCAACGCCACGGGCGUCUUCGCCGACAAAAUCCGGAAAUUCGACGACCCCAAGGCGGUGGAAUUGAUCGAACCAGCCGCCGGGGUGCACGUCAUGUUCCCUGCCCAUUUUUCCCCGGCAAAAAUGGGCCUGAUUGUCCCGAAAACCACCGACGGGCGGGUCCUUUUCUUCCUGCCCUGGGAGGGGUGCACGUUGGCGGGAACCACGGACUCGCACUCGGACAUCACCAUGCACCCCCAGCCCACGGCCCAGGAGGUGAACUUUAUCAUGCAGGAGACGAAUCGGUACCUGACCACGAACGUGGCAGCCAAGGACCUGAUCGCCGCCUGGUCGGGCUUGCGUCCGCUGGUGAAAGACCCGGAGAAGAUCAAGGAAGGCACAGCCGCCCUCUCCCGGAACCACGUGAUCGAGGUCUCCGAGACAGGGAAGUUGAUCACCAUCACGGGCGGCAAAUGGACCACCUAUCGACGCAUGGCGGAAGACACCGUCGACCGGAUUUUGCAGGAGCACGCAGGGCUGCUGGCCAACGGAGACGUGAGCCCCCAGGCGAGUACGUGGAACCGGAAGCUGCUCGGAGCCGACCGCGCCGGCAUCGUCUGUGCGCAGAAAUUCAACCAGAUCGGGAUCACCCUCCGGAACGACUACGAACUCCCCGAGGACGUGUCGGCCCAUUUGGUCAAGAGCUACGGGACGCGGGCUUUGCAGGUGGCCGAAUGGGUCCGCGCUGGCUACCUAGACACGAAACCAGGCAAGGCGAAACGCCUGCACUCGCGCUACCCCUUUUUGGAGGCGGAGGUAAUAUUUGCCGUGGACCAGGAAUACGCCCUCAAGCCCAUGGAUAUCUUGGCGCGUCGGACCCGUCUGGCCUUUCUCGACACAGAGGCGGCCCGGGCAGCCGUGCCCCGGGUGGUGAAGCUGAUGGGCGACUUGUUGGGAUGGUCCUGGCGUCAGCGGACCAUGGAGAAGGCGGAAGCAUUGGCGUUUUUGGAGACCAUGAAUGUAGAAAAGACGGCCCUGUUGAAGAAGUAG